AUGGCAAAGUGCUUGCUGCGGAAGGGCUUUUGUCUCAUAGGCUUAGGUGGAAAACAUCAGCAAACUGUGGAUGCUGCUCGCUUGGAUGCACUGAAGCUGCUCCAAGAAGAUGACGGCAAACGCUUUCGGCCACCAGCCUCAUUGAUCGUGGACGGGCUCUUAGGUGAAGAAGGUUCGGCCGAAAUCAUGGAUUUGGAAGGCUACAACUUUGCGACCCAACAGAAACAAGGGCUACGGGCUGCAGAUACCUUUUUGAAGCAAGUCUUUGAUGCGGUUACCCCUUUGGACUCCAUACUCGGGUGCCGCAUGACGACCCAGUCCCCUUGCAUCCUGCACAAAGCAGGCAUUCCCAUGGAUAGUGAUGUUCCAGAGCUGACGCCUGGAGACUGCCAGAAAUGGCUGAAGAUACUAGGCCAUAGUAGAUUGAUGUUAGUGCUCUUCCUGGGCCCUGGCUUUGGGCGGAUGGAGUUCCAGCCCUUGGAUGCUGAAGUUGAUACUGUGGAGCUGGAUGUUGGGCCAGGCACGUUGUUGUUGCUGCGGUCCGAUGGCUUGACACAUCGCUUCUUCUCCACAGCUCGAUCCUUGGCCUUGAGCUGUUUCCUUAUGGAGGAUGCUACUCACAGCUGGCGAAGGCGAUUUGGUGUCCCGGUCGUGGUGACCCCCGUGUGUCGAGAUUUGAUGGAUUGGGCCAAGGAGCAUUGGGAGGAGUCCCGACGGAAUCAGAGCAUUGGCGACAAAGGUCAAGAACUGGAUAGCACUUUGCCAGGCCAGUGGCAGCGGAUGGCUUCGCAGGUCUUCCAAAUGGGCCCCCAAAUAGCUGUGCGGGGCACAAGCUGCAAGCUGCCGGCCUCCUACAGCGACGCAGGGUUUUGGUGCGGUGCGGAGACUGGAUGUGACUUACUCGAGGAGGUGCCGCUUUGCCGCUGGGACCAUGCGGAUGUCUAUGACCCAGAUCGUGAGAGCUGGAAGUGGGGCAAGACCAGUUGCAUGGACCCAGGGCAACGGCAUAUUCUCGAGACUUCCUAUGAGGCGCUUUAUUUCAGUGGCUUUCAGAAGAAGUCUUUGAUGAGAUCGUUGAUUGGCGUCUACAUUGGUGCGGCCACUUCUGAGUUUGGCUUUGCACCUCAAGACUGCUCCAUGUCCGGAACUGGCGGUGCAAACAGUAUCACUUCCAACCGGAUUUCCUUCUGCUUGGGCUUGCAGGGUCCAAGUUUCACAAUUGAUGCACAAGGGGCUGCAGCCCUGGCUGCUUUGACCAAUGGAGCCAUGAGUUUGCGCUUGCAGACCGAUCUCUACAAACCGAAUCAUACGGCUUUGGUAGGUGGUGUGUACCUGAUGUUAGCUGGAGUCACUUGGAUAUUGCUCAGUGCCAAAGGGCACUUGUCACAUCAAGGUCGUUGCAUGACCUUUGAUCAAUCAGCUGACGGCUAUGCAAAGAGUGAGGGUGUAGCCAACCUAGUGCUUACCCGAAUGGAUGAUCAGAAUGAGACGGAGGAGGAGUCGAAGCCCAAGGGGAUCAUUGCAGCCACCCAUUCCAGCCACGGAGGUAGGAGUGCCUCGUUGACGGCGCCAUGUGGUCCGAUGCAAGGCGAGAUGAUCCACCAGGCCUUGCGGCAGGCAGCCAUUGCAGCGAGCACCAUGGAAGCUGUUGAGUGCUUUGGCCAUGGAGUUUCCAUGCAGGACGCCGUCGAGGCACAGGUGACCAAACACGCCUUGCGUGGUUCUGUUCAGGACGAGGUGCCUUUGGCCUUGACCUCUUGCUUCUCUCAGGCUGGGAUGCCAAUGGAAGCAGCAGGGAUGGCACAAAUCCUGAAAGUCCUCAUCACCCAAAAAUAUGGCACAAUCGUUCCUUUAUUGCACUUGCAACAGCUGAACCCACACAUCGAGGACUCCCUCAAUGAAUGUGCUCUUUUCGCCAGUGAGCAUGUGCAGUUGGAAGGGCUGAGCUCCUACCAUGGGAUUACGGGCCGAAGCAUUGGCGGAACUAUGUGCCAUGUGAUCACCUUGGGCAAUGUUCAAGUGGAGCAGCUGGAGAAGCCAGCCAUCGCUCAAGGAGAAGAGGCCACAUAUGAGACCAGCCGGGAAGCACGAGAGCUUGCAGCGAGAGCCAUUCUUAGCAAUGUGGGCUACCUCCUUCCGGUCAAGUGGGGCAAGCCUGAACGCUCUGCCCUUUUCCUGGGCGUAGGGCCUACAGACUUGGAAUCACGAGGACUGGUGAAAUGGAUCGAGGAGGAGUUGCUGACCUCCGGUGAGGGAUCGAUUAGCAUCCCCUGGACGUUUCUUGGACGCUUUAGCUCUGGAAUCCACUUGAUGGCUACGGUCGAGCAUUCUGGACUCUACUUGCUGCAUGUUCCAGAGACCCCACACUGGCUCAUGGUGCCGAAGGCCAAGUCUGGCAAGCGAGGUCUCGAUUUCAUGACCUCGGACGGGCCCCAAGGGCAGGCGAUGCAAGUCAUGACCCAAAAGACCGUGGGAGGUCACAUCUAUGGAGUAACCUGCUCAAUAGGAGGUGGGCAAAGUGAGCAUGUGGCCGUCUAUAUGCCCGAAGCAACCGCACUGUCCCUCUUCCUCACCAACGAAGAAAGUCCACAGGUGCCGACUCCUGCUUGGAUUGUGGGUGCUCGACCGAUUUUGGAUAUUGAGGAUGCCACCCUGUCGUCCAACGCCACCCUUCAGCCAUUGAAAGGAGUGCGCUUCACAAGCGACUUAGUGGAUGUGCAGAUUGUCUCCUCAAAGUUCAAAGUCAGCGGCAGCAAGCCGAUCGUGGCAUUUUCAGGGGAGACCGAAGAUCUCCUUGGCAUGUCUUUGUCUCCUGACGACGUCCACUUAGCACGCACCAACCGCCUCGGAAAGUGGCCUGUUUGCGAAAUAGGGCCAUCUUCAGAGUGA